AACGUUUUUAUUGCAAACACAUUACUCAGUUUCAGUGGGGAUUUUUGAAGAGCAGAAAUUUAAAUUCCUCUUUAGUAAUAUAAUAUUUUAGGAAAACGAAUUAUUUUGACGGUAUAGCAUAUAUGGAAUGGUAUAAAAGGAGGAUAAAGGAAGAUUUUGUAUAGACAUUGUUGAAGUCAAAACGAUAUUUAACAUUUCACACAGCGAACCAGGAUUUCCAGUAACAUAUCUAUAAUGGGAUAUAAUAUUCAUAUAUAUCUAGUUCUUAUUCUCGUAACAAUGCUUUAUAAGUGCUCGGGGCUUAUACAAUCUUAAAAGACAAUUAUUAAAGGCCACAGAUAGGAACGAAGUACCUGUAAAGGAUAUCCCGUAUGCAGCAGAGCAUUCCACUUUUCAAAAAGAAGAUUAUGGAGAAGAAACUAAUAACUGUAAGUUGAUAAUUCAAGAUCGGUCUGAAAAGUUGUUUACACACGAGAUUCUGAAACACAGAUAUAACUUUGUUCAUCUCAAGUUGAAUUUUAUAAAUUUUGAUAUUAAUGAAACAAACGAAGUGAUCACCAAGGAUGAUUGGAUUUGGACAUACAAAGGUGAAAAUGGUGCACAUCAAUAUCUCUACCUUCCAGGUGAUUUCGGUUAUCUUUCAUUUGGAUUACUGUGGUCUUAUACCCGCCGGAAAAGUAUACCAAUUUACAUAAAUAAGACCGGUGAAUGCGGCGAACUUAGAAUUGGAAGAAAUAGAACAGACAGCCUGAUCGGCAAUGCAUUUGGGGAAAUGACUUCAAAUAUUGCUAAAAUGAACGAUAAUUAUAACUCUAGUUACUGGUGUUAUAACACACGUGUCUGGUUACGUGAAUGGUACAUUUAUUAUGGUUGCGAGAAUUCAGUCUGCACAUUUCAAACAUUUGAAUACCGUUGCUGCAAAUAUUAUAUUGAUUUCAUAACAAGGGAUCGGAAGAUUCAAUGUGGAAAAGAGCACUAUGAGUUCGGAGCACUAUGGUGGAUGCUACCGAUUAUCAUAGGGGAAACUUGUUUUGCAUUUUGUCCCCUAUUGUUGACAAAAAUGGGCAUGAAAGUAAAGAAAAUAUCAAAUGGAAUAAAAAAGAACAAAAACGCAUUACACGUGCGAAGCAUGACAACAUUUGCAGAAAGCGACGAGUGUUCCAAUGAAACGCAAUGCAAAGGCAAUGUCAAAUAUCAGUAUAUAUCAACUAAAAAUUCAAAUCCUAUAACUUUCCUCUCAACUAUUUGCUAUCCUUUGCACGGGUUUGACCUAAGUGGCCCCAUUGUUUCUCGCCUUCUUCGGCUAUGGAUUAUCAUUCUUCCAAUGUCACUUUCAACAAUACGUGUUACAGUUGAUUACAUUUAUGCUAAAGAUCUUGUGGCAGAUGCAGUAAAGAAAGGAGCUCUUGUAGGCUUUAGUUCCAUAAUUGCUGGUCCAAGUGUGGCAAGAGAACGGUUCUUAUAUAUAUUCAAUGGUCCAGUCACUGCGCUAAGCAUCUAUAUUGUUUUUGGAUGUAUUCUGAUUGUGUUUCCUAGAGAUCUUGAAAAGUUUCUAAAUGCAGGAUUCCAUGAAACGCGGGGAAUGGAACUGUUUUUGUGUAAAAUACCACUAAUGUUAAAGGAAAAGUGGUCAGGCCUAUCAAUCCAACAAACUCAAGGCUAUCACAAAAUACACAAACUUUUUCUCGCUCAGAUAUUUAUGCUGUUGCACUGUGGCUUUUGGAAAUAUUCUUUUAAUUUGUUUUACAUCAGAUGGAAGCAGUUUGUGUUUCCAGCAAUGACCCGGAAAUUCAAGAGUAGUUUUAUUGCUUCAGUAGCAAGCGCUCCUAUUCUUCCCUUGUAUAUUGUAUUUAGCACUUUAGAACUAUGCUUUUCAGUCUUAUACUUCCUACUUCCGGUUGUAAACUGCUCAGUUUCUUUGCUGAAAGCAUUUCUGAUCCAUUAUUUCAAAUUCUUUAACGACAGAGAGCCUUUCGUGAAAUGCCUUCGUUAUGUAUUGUUUUUACCUUUGGUUGUUUUAUUUAUCAUAUCUUGGUAUAUGUAUUGCCUUCUUUUCUUUGAUGGAAUGUGGUUUCUAUCAAAGAUUCUUAUGUUUACGUACAGUGGCAUCAUAGCUUACCCUAGGAUAUCUUACGGAUACCUGAUUCUUGUAUUCAUGGCCAUUUACUACUUAACAGAAAGCUUAAAUACGUUCGGUGAAAACUAUCGACAACUUUUUAAACUCUGUAUAGAAGUAUGCGAACGCUAUCAAUCAAGGCAUCACGAUGAUUCGGACGUAGAUAGCAAUGUGUGUUAUGAUAUCCGAAAUAAAUACGGUAUAAAAAGGGAACUUUUCUAUAUGGUCGUGGACACGCAUUUACCGAGGAGAAAUCAAGCAUUGAUAACCGUUUUGAAAUUCACAUCUGUUGUUACAAUACUGACAAUAUCAGUAGAAUUAUUGAUUACCUUCAACAAAUUUCAAGACCUUUCACUUGUUUCACACGUGUUCACAGUUUUAUUCAUUUGCGCAUUACCGAAAAUUCUAAGAAUGAUGUGCGUGGAUAACUAUAGAAACCAUGCACGCAAGAGGAAGUUGCGCCAAGGUAUAUUGCGCACGGUCUCUGAUUACGUAAGAAAAAGAAGUAAAGAGGCAGAAGAUAGUGAUUCUGAUGAAGAUAUCAUUGACUAUCUAAGAUCGCGAGAGCAUGACACCGUUAUAGACAAUAUAGACGGUGAAUAUUGUGUCAUAUAAUUACCGGUUUAAGGUUUACUUUGUAUUGCAUGAUCAUUAAUUGUAUUAAUGCAGUUUAAUAUUCUUGUGAUUAAUUUUGCCGCAUUGAAUCAUAACAUUGACACGAGUCCUUAAAUCUGUGUUCACAUACUUCAAAAAUAUUUAAUUAUUUUAAUGUGAAAUAAAAAGUCAGUAUGGUUGUUCAAUAUUAUAAGGAUAUGAUAUAAAAAUAUGUUUAAUCGAAGCAAAUGAAUAGAUAAAUGACUAGAACAAUCCAGAUGGACCUGCACGUGAGCUUUACUUUUGAAAAUGCAAGAUACUAACUUACCAUUCACACUUAAUCAAAUGUUCAGGAGACACAAACACACCAUAUGUUAUUUUGUUGUUGUUGUCUUUUAUACACAGUAUAUUCAUUUUAAUGAUAUGAUUGUGCUGUCAUUAAACACGCAGUUACAACUUAAGAACGGUAGAAAUAUAUCUCUCAGUCAAUACUCGUUUAAAAAAUGAGUUAAAUGAUAAACAAUAUCUGUAUCAAUACGCAAGUAAUCCAUUAUAUUCUGUGAUAUAUACGAAUAAUAUGAUAUAAUAUUGAAUUAUCACCAUUUUUAAUUUGCAAUGUGUUAAUGAACUGUGUUGCUAGUGUCAAUUGUUCAUUUUUAUUUCAUUUCAUUUUUUUGUUCAUUUUUUUAAUAUAUUAUGUUUAAAGUGCAAUGCGUUUAGAUAAGUUAUGUUCUAGUAUAUGAAUUACUGACUACUAAUAGAACAUUGUGCUGGAUGACUGGUUGCUACAGACUAAAAAGUGGUUACAAUUUUCCGUUUUACAAAUUAUAGACAAAUCUAAUAUUCAAGUACGAUUCGGAACACCUCGCCGACUACAAAUAAUCAUCUCGGAAACAAUACGGAAGCACGUGUUUUUGGAUGAUAAUGAGUCAACAAAUCCCAACAUUGACCGUUAUAACGUGUACAUUUGUAUAUACAUUUAACUGGGGAUGUCUAUAUUCAUAAUUAGGAUCACUUUUUCUGUUAAUGUGCUUGAUUGUAUAUACAUAAUACUUGUACUUGAAUUUGUUUAACUCCUUAAAUAUUUGAGGCAAUAAAAGUACAUGUUUCUACAUAUGUAGUUUACACUUUGCUUUAUAAAGUUGACAUGGAUGUAGAUAAGACUGUAUUUCCCAAAAAUAAAGUGUAUACAA